AUGAAGACGUUGAAAUAUAUUUUUGCAAUAAUUGCUUGCACAUUUGAAUUGUGCUUAGCAAAUCUUGACAAUUAUCAAAAGUGCAGAAUAAUAAGAAAAACAUUGUCUCAGUGUUAUCCCAGUGAAAAUUCAAUUUAUUUCAUGCAAGGUACAAAAUAUUCAGGAGACAUUGUUACAUUCUCAUGUCAUUCAAAUAUUGAUAUUGAUAUAAAUAAAUUACCCGACGUGAUGUUUGACAAUGUAAAGACGAUUGAAAUCAUUCAGUGUUCGUUAUCAAAUGAAUUGACGUUAACAAAGAUUGUUAAUUGCUUUAGCAUGGAUAAAGUUGAAAGUUUGAAAAUUUAUGCGACAAGAUAUCAAAAAAGUUUAGAGUUGACACAAACACAUUUUGAAAGCUUUGGUGAAUUAUUAAGCUUGGAGCUUGUCACUGGUGAUCAGAUGAAAUUCAACAGAAAUGUCUUUAAACCUUUACAUAAUGUUGAAACGAUUAAAUUAUUUGUGCAUGAUAUCAUCACUCUUCCGUAUGACUUGUUCAAGCCUUUGGAAGUUCUACAAACACUUGUGAUCAUCAACAGCGGUCGAAUGAAAAAUGAAACUAAGACAUUAAAUUUCACAUUGAAGUCGUGCAUUAAUUUGAAACAUUUUCAUUUGAGUCGAGUCAGAUGGCCGAUACGAAUCAACUCUUUACUCACAUACAAUCGACCGUUAGAGACUGUUGAAAUAAUUAACAACCAAGUAGAAGUAUUGAGUGAAGAUGUCUUUAAUGGAUCGAAUGAAAUAAUAAACAUUUCGUUAAUGAACAACAGCAUAAAAGAACUGCCGAAAAAGAUUUUCGUAUCGCAGCAUGACUUGGAAAGAAUUGACUUAAGUUUCAAUCAAAUCUCGCGGUUGGAUGACGACAUUUUUCUAAAAAAUGGGAAUCUUGAGUUCAUCAAUUUAUCACACAACAAGCUCAUUCGAAUCGGAAAGAUGAUCUUUGAACAUCUCGAAUAUUUGACAUAUUUAAAUCUUGCACAUAACAACAUUAUUUACAUCAACUUUCUAACAAGUUUGGGUUCCUUAAAGUCACUGCAAACAUUGUUGUUAUCAAACAAUUCGAUCAGCAUGCUUGAUGGUUUUCUACAAUGCACGAAUUUAUCACUUCUAGACCUGAGUCAUAACAGUUUAUCACGAGUGUUUAUUGAGCAGUUUUUGGGAGCGUCAAACCAUGAUUUAACCGUCAACUUAAAGGAAAAUCGACUUGAAAGUGUCGACUUUCGUAAUUUGAACCAUUCAAGAGAAAGUGAAGAAGACAUUUCCGAUUUGUCAAUCUUUUUGGGUCAUGAAAUUACAUGCAAUUGCUAUACGAUCGGUCUUUAUAAUUUCUUUCAUCGUCGUCUUGAUUUAGAUGAAAAAAUUUAUUCUGCUGUAAAAGUAUCACCAGAAAAUGUCAAAUGCAUCGAAACAGAUUCAGAAUCACCCGUGAAUGUAAAGAACAUCAAUAAGGAUGUGUUGACUUGUCCCCUAAACUUUCCACAUCAAAAGUUUUGCCCCAAAUCAUGUCGUUGUGUUCGUAGACCUUUUGAUAGCAUUCUGGUCAUAGUUUGUAACAACAUUUCUGAAGUUCCGAAAAUGCCGCAAUACAAGAACCUCACGGACAUUAAACUCAAUAAGAUUCAGCUGAGAAUUCAAGGAAAUGGAAUUGAUCGAUUGCCAAGGAAAUCCUACGAUGUGAUUUAUAAUGACGUCGUGGAAAUUUAUGCUUCACAUAACAACAUCAGAACCCUUAAUGUUGACAAUCUUCCAGAUGUUUUAGAGAUUUUGGAUUUGAAAUUUAAUCGAUUAAAAUUGGUCGAUGCUGAUGUCAUUGCAAGAUUUGCUACUUUGAAGUUUCUCCAUCUAAGUGACAAUCCUUGGAACUGUUCGUUGGUAUCUCCAUUGAUUUCUUUCAUUAAAACACAACGAGAAAUUGUUAAAGAUUUCAACAUCAUUCGAUGUUCAAACUCAAAAUAUUUCCUGGAAGUUGAAGUUGAUUCAUCAUGUGCCCCAAGCGUUUUGAUUGCAAUUUUCGCCACCCUUGGACUUGUUUCUGUUGCUAUUUCUAUCUACGGCAUUCGAAAGAACGCUGAAGUAAUCUCUGAAUGGACAUUUCGAAAUGAUAAACUUCACUUGAUUGAACGAAUGAAUGAAAGAAUGAAGUUUUUUGACGCCAUCAUUAUAGCGACAGAGUAUGAUAAAAUUUUCGGCAAAUAUGUAACAGCAAAGCUAAUGAACAAACCCAAUCAGUUUAAAAUUGGAAUGGUAAUUAAAGACUGGGCUGAAAAUGAAGAAAUUCCUGAUCAUGUUUUGAAGACUGUUAGAAGUUCACGUCGUGUUAUUGUCAUUUUAUCAGAAUAUUUCGAAGAAAACAAUUGGAAACGUUGGAACUUUUAUCGAACAAAAUCAAGAAUAAUUUUUGUUCUCAAAGGAAAAUCGAACGUCAGCAACAUAGAAAUUUCUAACAAAAUAUCUGUAAAUUUCAGCGAUCCAUGGUUUUGGGAUAAAUUAAAGCAUGCAAUGAAUAAUUGUAAAGAAUUGGAAAUCGACAAUCAACAAAAUAGCGUUGAAUUACAAUCUUUAGUAUCAGUUUGA